GUUCCACCCGUCAAAUUCAAACAUCCCAAUAUUUUACAAAUAUUUCUACAAAGAGAGGAAAAAGUUCAAGAACUUUGAAAGAAUGUGUUUCAUUAUUUACAUAUAAACUGUUUUAAGUUAGAAUAUUCACUACAUUUUCAGCAAUCACAAUAUUUCCCUUGCGAAAAUUAUUUUGUUUUUUAAAAUUAAUGAACGAAAAAAUAUGUUUCAAUUUUGAUAUUGUAAAUGGUUGUGGCAACUAUGCAUAUUUAUAAACAGCAUCAUCUUUAACCUAACUUGUAAUACGGUGGUUGAUUUGUUAUGAAAAAACUAAUAAUUUCUCUUGGAAUGUUUUUAAAGUUAAUCGAUACUCCACAUCUUGUGAAAUUAUUCAUGAUUACCAAGUAUUCCUAUUGGCAUAAUCUUUAUAUUUUUCUGUGUGUUAUUAAAUCAAGUAACCUCUCAGAAGUGAGAAAUCUUUCCUUACAAUCUGAACUCUUUCACGUUCGUUUACCAUAGUGUUUGGAUUAUUUAAUAUAAAUAUUCUGGAUUAUCUAAAGAGACAUUAGGUAUUAUAGGCAUAGUUGGGAAUUCAGGACCCAAACAAGCGAGGUGCAUGACUUUGUUGCGAUAUGAGCUUAACUGUUACAGCUCUACAAAAUUUUCAUCCAAUAGGCAUCGAAAACUUCAACCAUUUAGAGAAACGUGACUGGCUAUUGAGAUUUCAUGCAACUUUGGAUCAAUACCUAAAAUUGUCCAAAUAAAUAAUUAACAUCAUCGUAUUGCUACUAAAAUAUUUCCAUUAUGAGUGUCAAUAUUAAUAGAAACGUCAGCGAUGUCUUCUAUCGCUAUAAAAUGCCACGAAUCGUGGCCAAAGUUGAAGGCAAAGGGAAUGGUAUCAAAACCGUCAUAGUUAAUAUGCCUGAGAUUGCUAAAGCUUUAGGAAGGCCUCCAACGUAUCCAACUAAAUACUUCGGCUGCGAAUUGGGCGCUCAAACUCAAUUCGAUUUCAAAAACGAACGCUUCAUCAUAAAUGGUUCUCAUGACGCUUCCAAACUCCAAGAUCUUCUUGAUGGGUUUAUACGCAAAUUCGUUUUGUGUCCGGAGUGCGACAAUCCCGAAACUGAUUUGUUGGUGUCUUUAAAAAGAAAUACAAUAUCCCAGAGCUGCAAGGCUUGCGGUUACCAUGGUGUAUUGAAAUCGAGUCAUAAAUUGAUGACAUUUAUAUUAAAGAAUCCACCGAAUUCUGAACGUGCAAUUCAAAGCUCAUCUACGAAUGAUGGAAAACGUUCUAAACGGAGCAAACGUAAUGGGGAAUCCAAUGGAAAUGGCAAUCAAGAAAAUCAAGGAGAUAUGACACUUGAAUCAUCUGCUAUGGAAAAUAAUGAGGGCAGCGAGGAUGAUCAAACGGAAUGGGCAAUAGAUGUUACUGAGGAAGCUAUAAAAGCUAGAAUGCAAGAUCUCAGUGAUGGUGUUAAAAACAUGACUAUUACCGACGAUCUUGACAAAUCUGAGAAGGAAAGAAUGGACAUUUUCUACAAUAUGGUGAAAGCAAAACGAGACUCUCGUCUUCUAGAAAACGCUCAAACCCAAAAAGAAAUUCUGAAUGAAGCAGAGCGUCUGGAGAUUAAAACCAAAGCUCCUCUUAUUUUAGCCGAACUACUAUUUGACCAGAAUAUUCUGACGCAAGCUAAAAAAUACCGAACGUUAUUUUUGCGUUUUAUAUUGAAUGAUAAGAAGGCACAGAAAUAUCUCAUUGGUGGUUUGGAACAAGUUAUUGCUUUGCAUACAGACAAAUUGAUGAGUAAAGUACCCGGCUUGUUGAAAGUAUUGUACGAUAUGGAUAUUCUUGGGGAAGAAUGCAUUAUCGAGUGGUCUGAAAAGGUAUCUAAAAAAUAUGUAGCUAGAGAGAUUAGCCAAGAAAUCCAUGAUAAGGCUGCACCAUUUGUAAAAUGGUUGAAGGAAGCUGAAUCUGAGGACUCGGAAAAUGAAGAUGAUAAUAUUGAAAUUGAGUAUAACGAUAGGGCACAAAUACAACUAACGGUUAUGUCUCAACAGAAACCAGUACUAAAACAGGCUGAGAAAGAUGAUGAUGGUCAAGAUCAUGUAGACAUCGAUGCCAUUUGAAUAUUUUUCUUAUUAGUUUGAAUGCGUGGAUUGUUUCAACUUGUAUUUUUUGUUAUUAAUUGAAGCAUUUUAUACAACGUUAUUUGUGUUCAUCAAUUUUUCAAUGAGUCAUUUUCUUGAAUAAAAUUUUCAAACUUUA